AUGUUGGCUUUAAUCAAUCGUAUCCUUGAUUGGAUUAAAAGUUUGUUCUGGAAAGAGGAAAUGGAGCUCACGUUAGUCGGGCUUCAAUAUUCUGGGAAAACAACUUUCGUUAACGUCAUAGCCUCUGGACAAUUUAGCGAAGAUAUGAUCCCCACUGUUGGGUUCAAUAUGCGCAAGAUUACUAAAGGAAAUGUUACCAUCAAGGUAUGGGAUAUCGGUGGCCAGCCUCGAUUCCGCUCUAUGUGGGAAAGGUACUGCCGAGGGGUCAACGCCAUUGUGUACAUGGUGGACGCGGCAGACCCGGACAAGAUCGAGGCUUCGCGUAACGAGCUUCACAGUCUGCUGGAGAAGCAGCAGCUCACCGGGAUCCCAGUGUUGGUGCUGGGCAACAAGCGGGACUUGCCCCAUGCACUCGACGAGCACGGACUCAUCGAACGAAUGAAUCUAUCGGCCAUUCAGGACCGCGAGAUAUGCUGUUACUCGAUCUCGUGUAAGGAGAAAGAUAAUAUCGACAUAACGCUACAGUGGCUUAUCGCGCACAGUAAGUCGGGCAGCGCGCGCUAA